GGUGCGGAGCCGCGGGCGGCGGGGCUGCGCCUAGGGGCGGCCGGGGCCGGAGCCCCAUGCCCGGCGCUCGCCGCGCUCCGCGGGGAGGCGGCGGGGCGAUGAGCUGGCGGAGCGAGCGGGCACGCCUGGCCCCCGCUUUGCCCUGCUCCCGCGCCCGCGAGGAGUGAGGCUCCGCCGAGAGCGCUCGGUGCUCCCGGAAGGGCGGGCGGGCGGGAGGUGGUGCCGGCGCGGGGAUGCUGCAGCCCUCCCCCGGCGCCGACGGGGUCCUGCCGGGGUAGCGGCCGCGCCGAGCCCCGCCGUCUGCGCGGGUCGGCGGCCGCGGAGGGAUGGAGCCAACCGGCCCCUGCGAGGCGACGCUGCUCCCCGCCAACGACUCUUACCACGGCCGAAACUGCAGCGCCGAGGAAGAGAACUACCAAGAUGCCACCCCCCUCUCCUGGAAGAUCGUGCUCGCCGUCGUCCUGGCGCUCCUCACCCUGGCCACGGUGCUCUCCAACGCCUUUGUCAUCGCCACGGUCUACCAGACGAGGAAACUCCACACGCCGGCCAACUAUCUCAUCGCCUCGCUGGCCGUCACCGACCUCCUCGUCUCCAUCCUUGUCAUGCCCAUCAGCACCAUGUACACUGUGACCGGCAAGUGGACGCUGGGCCAGAUUGUCUGUGAUAUCUGGCUGUCCUCGGACAUCACCUGUUGCACAGCGUCCAUCCUGCACCUCUGUGUCAUCGCCCUGGACCGCUACUGGGCGAUCACCGACGCCGUCGAGUACUCCACGAAACGGACUCCCAAGCGGGCAGCGGGCAUGAUCGCUCUGGUGUGGGUCUUCUCCAUCUGCAUCUCCAUGCCCCCUUUGUUUUGGCGGCAGGCGAAGGCCGAGGAAGUCUCUCGCUGUGUGGUGAACACGGACCACGUCCUCUACACCGUGUACUCCACGGUGGGAGCCUUCUACUUCCCCACUCUGCUGCUGAUAGCUCUUUACGGGAGGAUCUACGUGGAAGCCAGAUCGCGAAUUUUGAAGCAGACGCCAAAGAAAGCAGGUAAAAGACUCACGCGGGCUCAGUUAAUCACAGACUCCCCGGGGUCGUCCUCCUCCGUUACAUCCAUAAACUCCAAGGCCCCAGAGGGCUCCAGCGAAACGGGCUCCCCCGUGUACAUGAACCAGGUGAAGGUGAAGGUCUCGGAUGCCCUGCUGGAGAAAAAGAAGCUCACGGCCGCUAGAGAGCGAAAAGCUACAAAGACUUUAGGGAUUAUUUUAGGAGCCUUCAUCGUCUGUUGGCUGCCCUUUUUCAUCAUCAGCCUGGUGUUACCUAUUUGCAAGGACGCUUGCUGGUUCCACAUGGCCAUCUUUGACUUUUUCACGUGGCUUGGAUAUCUCAACUCCCUCAUCAACCCCGUCAUCUAUACUAUGUCUAACGAAGACUUCAAACAGGCUUUCCACAAACUCAUACGUUUCCGAUGCGCAAGCUGAACAUUUUGAAUGCGAUGUGUUCCCCGGGGCUGUCCCCAUGCACGCCCGUGCCCGAUGCCACAGAAUCAAGUUGCUAUUGUAAAGACCCACUGCUUGAAACUUCCCCAAGCCCAGUUGCCAGACUCAUGAUGCUGCAAAAACGUCAAUACAUACUGCCACCAAACUGCUCAGCUCUGCAUUUCAGUGUAAUGACUCUGGCAGAGAUGCUGUUCCAAUAGUCACGCAGAUCAGUUGCAAAAAAAGAGGGCAGCCUCGAAUCAAGGUCUAUAAUUCAUCUGGACUGAAGAAAAAGUUUUGAGAGUAAACUCCAUUUAUUUUGCAGGCUUAACUUCUUAAUUUGUUCUCCGGCCGGUUGUAGGGGUGUGCACAAGAGCACAGUUGUCUCUGUCUGUGUUGGUAGAAUAGUUGUACUUCUGCACACCUGUAAUUUCUUUCUUUCAGUGGAAAGAGUUGCUUCCAUCACUUAUGAGGCCAAGAGGAGAAAAAAAAGCACAGCGUUUAAAAUAGGAGCGCCGCAGUAAAUUCUGUAAAUGACUCCUUCAGCUGAACACGUGUGAGAAGUGACAGUGUGCAAAAGUUAUAUUUGUAUAGCAAAUGCAAAUGCUGUAGAAAAAAGAGUUGUAGACCUGUUCAACUGCACUGCAUAUCUAUAGUCUGUCCUCAUAGUUGCCUUUAUAAAGUAAACACUUCUUACUUCUACUCCGUAACUCGAGAGCAGAAAUCAAGAAGUCCAAUGACUUUUUCCGUAAACCAGCUGGGAAUAGAGGUAGCAGUUUGAUGUUGUAACCAUGUUUUCCAUUUUGUGUCAGUUGCACACCCUUACUGCAUGAACCACUGCGAAAUUUAGAAUCCUCCAAGUAAUUACAUAGUGUAUUUUGUAAAGAAGUGAAGCAGUUUGCUCUUUCAGAAGAGCUAUAUCACCUGCAAAAUAAAUACCCAUGAAUCAUGAAUUAACUGAUGUUAGUGAAAUUACUCUUCUCCCUACUUUCCUUCCCCCCUCCCCCCCGCCUUUUUUUUUCUAAUCAGACCUUAAGACAGGUCUAUGCAUCUUCAACAGUCAGAGUUUCAGGAUAUGGUCCACCUGCUGUGAUAAAACUGCAUUGAUUGUUCCUCCUAUGUGUAAAUGAAAAUGAGUAUAAACAAUAAAAGGCUUUACUGUGUUCUCAAGAGUGGUAGCGAUUGUGUGACUGAAAGGAGUGUUUAUUGGUCUACUU